AUGUGGCAAAGCUGGAAGUACCCUAAGAAACUUCUGAGCACCCGGCUCGGCCCGUGUGUGGAGCGGGAGAUCAUCCAACGGGCUUCGGUCGAUCCGAAUAUCACACAACCGGUGAAGCGGGAGACGUUUUCGCUCUUGUACGAUCGGUUGGAGUUUGUGCAUGACCUCGCGGAGCUGCCGCCGGACGGGGAUGUCAGGCAGGUCGCGGACUAUGCGCUGAAGUGUAUCGAUGUGCUGGGCAUGCGUAAUGGCUGUUCGCAUUGUGAGCUACGCAUUGACAGGCGAACAUCUUCUCCACAGUUCGGCAAACCUGUUCUUAUUGAACUUAAUCCAAGAAUGCAAGGUGACGUCCCUCGCUCAACGGAGCUAGUUGGCUAUGAUCAAUUUACUUUGCUUGUGUACUUGUCCGCGGCUGCGGCCACCUUUAGCUCGAUCAGAAACCAGUUAGAUGACAACGAGAACAGCAACGCCAGCUCGUCGGAAAUGAUAAGCUCAAGCGAAGCGACGUCCUCACUACCGUGGCCCCCUACCCCACAACUCUAUCGAUCUCUUGUCUCUUCACCCAGCAACGCAUUCAAGCGUAUUACGCGACAUGUUGUCUUUUUUUGUGCUGAAAAAUAUGGUAUUCUAUUUGACUUAGCUGCUGCCAAAGUGAAAAGCUUGCCGACUUAUCUUCGCCAUGCACGAGAGAACUUGUUCUCCUUUGUUAGUGUAUGGAAAACGGUGUGUGUUUCUCAAACCGUGGAUUUAUUCUCUUCCCCGGGUGCCUGCGUGUUGCAAGGCACCGAGGAUGAAAUUAGGCGGGAUACUGAAGUUAUUCGCCGGAUGGAACAAGCAACCAUUCCAUCAAGCAUCCAAUGCUUAUCACGCCGACUCAUUGAAAGUAUCAAAGCGACCCAAGCCAUGAAUUUAGAACUAUAUCUGCAUGAGAGGAACAGGUUUUCAAACAAGAAUCAGCCACAGGAUGGACUCAAACCCGCUUCUUUCAAAUCCACUGAAGAUGACUUUGUUACCCUUAAUCCUGAGCCAGGAUUGAAUGCUCGGAUGAGUAAGCAAGAUAAACUGCCUUGUGUUUGCCAUAAAAAAUUGCACAAAUUAAAUACUGAAAAUGAACGAAUGUACACAGAGUGGAAAAAUGCUUUGUUGGAACUGGAAUAUCCACCCUUAUUUAUGUCCGAAGAGGACUUUUCUCUUAUCCAGGUGGUCAGGUCGAGCUGGAACUCGAUGAUUCCAUAUAGCCGAGAGCAGAAUGUCGACAUCUUCACAGAUUGUUCAGCCUUAACAACAUCCGAAAAGGAAUCUUCCUUUAAAGAAGUUGCGAAACAACUAAACUAUUUCUUCUGA